CCGCCCCGGGGCCCCGCUCACCCAGGUAGCGGCUCCGCAGCCGGGACGGGUCCUCCAGCCCGAGCGACCUUUUCCUCACGUCCCACAACAGUCAGGGACGAGGACCCGGCGACGCUCCCAGCCGGCUGCCCGCGAUCACCCGGCCGCCGACAUGUCAGCCGCCGGCGCCCGAGGCCUGCGGGCCUCCUACCACCGGCUCCUGGAUAAGGUGGAGCUGAUGCUGCCCGAGAAGUUGAGGCCGUUGUACAACCACCCGGCAGGUCCCCGGACAGUUUUCUUCUGGGCCCCUAUUAUGAAAUGGGGGCUGGUGUGUGCUGGACUGGCUGACAUGGCUAGACCUGCCGACAAACUGAGCACAGCUCAGUCUGCUGUCUUGAUGGCUACAGGGUUUAUUUGGUCAAGAUACUCUCUUGUAAUUAUCCCCAAAAAUUGGAGUCUGUUUGCAGUUAAUUUCUUUGUGGGAGCAGCAGGUGCCUCUCAGCUCUUCCGUAUAUGGAGAUAUAACCAAGAACUAAAAGCAAAAGAAAACCAGUAAAAGAGUUCCUGACCAGCUGAGCAGCCUGGAUGUGGACAUAAGCACUGGGACCUGUUUGAUUAUUGAUAAGGCAUUGCUAAUUGUGCUAUAUUUGAGAUGGCACCAAAAAAAAUCUAACUGUAACUGUUAGCUACUGCUUGAUUCAACAGGAAAAUAAAGGAAACUUUUAAUAACAAUCUCUCUUUAAAUGUGACUCAAAGAAUUUAACUCUGCAAGGUAACAGCACUUUUUUCUACCAUUUGUCCAUAAUAAAUCAUAAUUGGUCAUACAUA